AGUAGCCUAAAUCUGAAACAAUUGGACUCAUGCGUUCUUUAUGGCUUCUUCGCAUAAGUACCAGCACAGCACCAUGCUUUCUGAGUGUAAGUUUCAACUGAUCAACAUUCCGUUGUGUUGCUCCUCGAUGUUCUAUCUUGUUCUGUAAGGAAUAAGUCUAUUGUCCGAAGCAGAAUGGCGGCACAGCACAUGCAAAAUUGGUGUAUCCGUGACUUGAAGGGCGAGACUUUGACGGCAGCACAAAAAGCCGAUCCCGCACUACGCAAGCAGUAUUUGUCUUGCUGCCGGUGCCGGCAAUGCUACCAGACCGAUGUGGUCCGAGCGUGGUGCGAAGCAAAUGGCAACGGCGAGAAGAACGAUUUUCAAACCCUCUCUCACCACGCGUUCACGGUCGGGGACUGGGUGUGCCCGAGAUGUCGCUUGCAACUUUUGGACCCCUUCUUCGUCACGGAACCUCGGCCGCUGACGGCCGUGCGGCAGAUCGCGCGGCGCAAGGACCAAAUGGUUGUGAACCCGCUAGACAAGUCCGAAGGCCCCCGGGUCCGCACCCAAUUCACCAUUUCUACUGAUUUCCAUCAAAUACGCAAUCGCGGCCUCCAGAUGCACCUCCGCAGCGUCCGGUGCGACCACUGGGACUUCACCGGUGCUUACUGGGCCAACGUCGUGCAGGUCACUGUUAACGAGAAUACCCUGGUGAAGGCGAAGAGCGACCACUACAAGGCGAAAAAGCCGGACGAGACGAUUUCCAAGCCCCAAUACGGACACAUCCGGAAGGAGGUGCCCCACCUGGACCUGCUUCCCUUCCUCCCACCGGAAGUAUUCAAACCGAAAACGGUCCGCCAGGUAACCAUCAGCGUGACCUGCGAACUCGCGGUCGAACGGCAGGAGGACGGGCCGCCACCCACCGCGUUCGCGCUCGGUGUUUACUUGGUGCGGGAGGUGCCCAUUCCGGAGCUGAAGCAGAAGGUGUUGAUCACGAUGGAGGGCCUCGGGAAGACCCAAGACAUGCACCACCGGGUUUCCCGGUACUACCGUCGAUUGAAGGCAUUGAGCGACGAGGUCGAGGUGGUGCACGAAUCCGUCGACGCGGAGACGAAUUGCGUCUCUCUGACUUGUCCGCUGAGCGCCUUACCGAUUCAACUGCCGGUGUACGGGCAGUACUGCGAACACCUGCAAUCGUUCGAUUUCUACACGUUCCUGGACCUGCAGAUGAAGACGCCGAUGGCGAAACGGUGGCGGUGCCCGAUUUGCAACCAUCGCUGCCGCCCCUUCGACCUGCGCUACUGCCAGUACACGAAAAGCGUGCUGGAGAAGGCCACGUACGACCCGACGAAAGACCGCGAAGACGGGCUGAGUUGUGUGUCUGGCUCGACCGCGGAACUGCAGGCGGAGCUGGUGAGCGUUCGCGCGGAAGCAGGACUACUUACAGGGAACAAACAUCCCACGAGUGGGUGUACUAGCUCUUCAUCCUCCUCCAGCAAUAAUCACAAAAACGCGGCCAGCAACAUCGUCGAAAUGGUGGUCCCCGGCGUGCCCGACCCCCGCGAAGCCGCGAUCAGAAAAUUGCUGCAAGAAAGGGCCGCACAAGCAGCACAGGGCGAUGACUCCGAGUUGGAGGACGAGCCGGAGUUACUGUUCGAAAUAUCCAGGAAAAAACACCCAUCCCCAUCCAAUUUGUCAUGCAAAACAUGCAUAAUUUGCAGUGUUUCUCAUGCAAAAAAUGGAUGGGAAUGCAUGGGUGUUUUUUCCUGGAUACGAAAAGGCGAUCUUCUACGAAAACGGGACUUUUACAUUCGACUACGAGGCGGUGCAGCGGGAAGAGCGGGAGAAAAAGUUCGGAAAAGUCUGCGACGUCGAGAUGAUCGACGGUACGCCCACGCCCAGAGCAGCACAAAAGCAGGAAAAGAACGCGAAAGAAGAAGAAGCCUCAGCCUCCUCCGGAUCCAAAAAGGUGAUGCAAGGAGCUUUUGUGUCGUCGCGCCCGAAGAGCGCAGUUGAGAGCGCGGUCGGGGGCAGUAGGAGCAACAAGCGGCCAAGCAACGAGAAUCAGAAUACUAAAACGACGACUCUGAUUACCCUAAGCAGCGACGACGAGGACGAGCUGGUGAUCUUGUCUUCCAAGCGGGCCCCGGGCCCACAGAGAAACAUGAGAAAAUAGAGGAGAAAAGUUGUUAGUGGCAGAGCGAAGCAGAAGUACUUCAGAAUUGCUACACAUGUAAUUCCAUCAGCCGUGUGGAACCAAGCGCCGUCCUGGUCCUUUAUUCAAUGUCCUCUCCAAUUCAAAUUCACGUUUUUUGAGUUUUUCUUUUUUUAAGUGUAUCAACAAUGAAUGUGGUGUUACUAGUGUGUGACUAGCGGUCGAAUUCCAGGCAGAAAGCCAGCGUCUCUCUGUCAUAGUCAGUCCUUGUAAACGCAAAACCCGGCCUCGCUCGUCUUAGUCUUUUCCAAGUGCCGUGUGAAUCUGCGUGCGCCGGUCCUGGUGUCUUCAUAGUGUCUUCGCACCUGUGCGCAGUGCAAAGCCGAAAAAAUGUCAAACUGAAUUCCACCGCGUCGGAUCCGGUGUCUUCUUGAUUGCGAGCGAACCGAUCUUUGAUGCAACCGUGACGGUAACCAACUGGUUCUGUGUGUAUUGAAAAAUGGUCACCAUUUUCGAGAAGCUGUGUUUUGGUUCAGAAACCAUCGCAAGGAAGUUGUAGAUCGCGCGCUAUCAGUAUCGUCC